GUUCCCAAUUCGCGCAAGGCAUCAUGGGGCGCAGGGAUAUUAAAACGCCGGAAGUAGUUCAGCGAGCAGGCGGAACUGGUUGUAAAGGCUCAUGUUUUUUGCGCCUAGUCUGAGACAAGGUCUAUCACUGAAUGCUGUUGGACAUCUAAGCUCCUGCCUGUGCUGAUAUCAUUCGUCUGCUGUUGGCUUCAUAACUGGACAACAUGGAGCAGAACAACAGCUUGCCUCCAUUCCCACAAAGCCUUGCAUCGCCUCAGGGGGCCAUGACGCCUGGUAUCCAUAUCUUUAGCCCUAUGAUGCCAUAUGGUACAGGGCUUACGCCACAGCCAGUACAGAACACCAACAGCCUAUCACUCUUAGAGGAGCAACAGAGGCAGCAGCAACAACAGCAGCAGCAGCAGGCAGCUUCUCAACAGCAGGGUGGGAUAGUGGGAACAUCAGGCCAAACUCCUCAGCUUUAUCACUCACAAGCAGUUUCCACCACCACAGCACUGCCAGGAAACACCCCUCUCUACACAACCCCCCUAACACCCAUGACCCCCAUCACUCCUGCCACACCUGCUUCAGAAAGCUCUGGCAUUGUCCCUCAGCUACAAAAUAUUGUGUCAACUGUGAACUUGGGAUGCAAACUUGACCUGAAGACAAUAGCACUGCGAGCCAGGAAUGCUGAGUAUAAUCCUAAGCGUUUUGCGGCUGUCAUCAUGAGAAUACGAGAACCCAGAACAACUGCUCUGAUUUUCAGUUCAGGCAAGAUGGUCUGCACGGGAGCUAAGAGCGAGGAGCAGUCUCGCCUGGCCGCCAGGAAAUACGCAAGAGUAGUGCAGAAACUCGGUUUCCCUGCCAAAUUUCUAGACUUCAAGAUUCAGAACAUGGUCGGAAGUUGUGAUGUCAAGUUCCCGAUCCGACUGGAGGGCCUGGUUCUCACCCAUCAGCAGUUCAGCAGUUAUGAGCCAGAGUUAUUCCCUGGUUUAAUCUACAGAAUGAUUAAACCCAGAAUUGUGCUUUUAAUAUUCGUUUCAGGCAAAGUUGUACUCACAGGUGCAAAGGUGAGGGGUGAAAUCUAUGAAGCAUUUGAAAAUAUAUAUCCUAUCUUAAAAGGAUUCAGAAAGACAACAUAAUCCUGUUGACCUGCACCUUUCUUAUUGUACUUGUUUGAGGGAACUGAGUUUACUAGGACAUCUUUUCUCUUACUUUUGUUUAAUUAAGUGUAAAUACUAAUGUGUUUUAUUCACGGAUAGUGAAUGGAAAUAACUUUUAUUUUUUUUUAUUCAGCUGGUUUGUGGCUAUCAUAGUCUGCAGUUUUACCAGAAUCUUUUAAUGGUUUUACCAUCUGUAAAAAAUGUUUUGUUUUGUUUUGUUUUUUUUAAACAUUAUUCACAUUCCUUCUGCGAGCAGGCAGGUUCUUUUUAGGAUAAUUUCUGAGAAGUGCAGGACUGUCAAGAUACAAGAAAAGUGUUGAAAAUAUUUAUCAGGAUUUAAAGUGUUAAAUAUUACAGAGUUAAUAAUGUGUCUCAAGCAGUUAAAGUUCAUUUGCCCCCAGUGGAAGCUGUGUGUGUGGUAAGAUGCACAGAUCGGUUGAAAAUUGUUGAAGUUUCUGAUUUGGUGGGCCUGGCUUAUUUUGUUAAAGCAGCUGUGCAGUAUGUUAAGAACUACUUUUGUAAUUUCAUUGUGAAUUAUUCACUGAAAUGUUGCAAGUCUUCCACCUAACCCUUGUAAUGAAUAUAAUAUCUGUUCACAUCCAUGUUAGUGUUGGCUCUCCAAAUACAUGGUGCAUAUUGAUAACCAAUAGUUUUGCUGAUAGCCAAGUGCACUUUCCUUCUGCACAAAUCCCUGUAAACAUUUGUCUGUUCAUGAAAGUUUUUUUGGAAUGGCUGAGAGCCUGGACUGUGAUUUGAUUGAUGUCGCUAGAUAUAUAUUCAUUAUAUGGGUUAUAUUCAGCUUCUUGUCAAGCACUGAUAAUGUAAAUUUUUUUAUUUUUUUUUUUUUGCAUCAGUUAGUGAUUUGCUUUGAAACGAGCAAAUAAAUUUCUUAUCCGUU